GGGAUCAAUUCUUUCUCUCACUAAAAAUAGUACACUCUUGAGACAGAGUAAGAAAUAUAAUUUGGACUGAGGAGAUUUACCCGGUCUAGGUCAUACUUUGUGUUCUUGUUGUGUGUUUUAUAUUACGGGUCGAGUGUUCAGGUCAAAUCCGGUCGACCCACCCAGCUAUAUUUACACCAUCAUUUUUGGCGCCCACCGUGGGGCCGAUUUUUAAAGUUUUUUCGACCAGGUCAAAACUUUAACCCCACUAAAUAUCCACAAUCAUGUCUUCAAGCAACCACAACACUGUGUCAAGCCGGGCUGCGAGUGAAAGCACUCCUGCCAUCCCAUUGAUGAUGCCAGGCAUGGGGACGACCUUUGCCCCGAUCACCACGGUAGGAUCAGUUGGCAUGAUCCCAAUCAUGUCAACCCCUACUCCUACUCCAGCGACGACGAUGUUUUCCGGCCCAAUAACAACGCCUGGGGGAGCUUUCACGCCAUACCCAUCAGCAUGGGCUCAAUUUGCUGCUGACCCGGCAAAUGCACAGGCUCUACAGGGCUAUCAACAGGUGAUGGCCAUGAUGCAACAGGCAGGGGGCUUCAUGCCAUUUGCCUAUCCUGGCAUGACGCCACCAAUUACGCCACCCCCGGUGUCGACUCCAUCAACAUUCGUUCCAAGGAUGGUCCCUAUGCGUCUGGUGAAUUUGACAGGGAUCAUGAACGAGGCAGCACCCUCAAAUGUUCACGAGGUGGACGAGGCGGAGCAAGAGGUUGCCCGCAGAAGGAAGGGUAAGGCUAUAGCCAAGCCCAGCAAAACUCGAGAUUCGGCGUUCAAACACCUAGGGGACAAAGAGGAUGGACCCCGCAAGUCUGCCAAGCUACGUCUUGGUCCUGAGAUGGGCUGGACUAGCGCAAUGGAAAGGCUUGGUGGGAGUCGUCCCGCCCCAUCUCGUCGUUCUAGGGAAUCUGAGACGAUUCACCUAGACGAGGAGGAAGCUGAAAGCCAGCCCAGGGCAUCGGCAUAUACCAGGCUCUCAUAUGAUGAGGAUGACCUGAAUAAGAUAGGAAGCGUAGCAAGAAAGCUACAUGCCCUGGAGGAAAAAGUGGAAGAGAAAGCGGGAGCAAAGAAGCAUACCCUGGCCAAAUCACCCUUUUCAGCCAGGGUACAUGCCCAAAAAUUGAGACAGAAGGUCAAGCUGGACAUGGAGAAAUUCACUGGAAAGGAGGAUCCAAAUGUCCAUCUUGACACCUUCCAAAAUGCACCACAGAUGGUCGGGUGCACUGAUGCUGAGGAAUGCUUGCUCUUCUUCUCAUCCUUGAGAGGGAGACCAGUGGAAUGGUUUAACGGCCUUCCCCAUGGUAGGAUUGGGUCCUUUGAGAAACUUGCCGAAGUUUUUCGCAAGAAGUACCAGGACAACUGCAUCAAGAGGAAGAAGUUCACCUACCUUAACACGGUAGGGCAGAGGGAGAAGGAGUUCUUAACUCAAUUCUUGACCCGCUGGAGGGACGAGGUCGAUAAGGUGGAAGAGAUGGACGACAAGACGGCCAUGUCUUUGCUGAUGAAUGCCUUCCGAACGGGUGACCUCUACACCGAAUUCUGUAGGAGGCCACCAUCUUCUUAUCAGGAAGCCUACAACACAGCAUGGGAAUACGCCGAGGUGGAGGUCCUGAACAAGAGCAAGCGGGAGCGGGAGGAAGGCUACACAAAGGUGAAAUCCGACAAGCCGAAGAAGGACUACCAGAUGGGAGGGUCCAAGCCAAAGGCCACGUAUGACGGAUCUGUCCAUCAAAUAAGGGAUGAUAAGAAGGGAGAGCAACCCAAGAGGCCAUGGACGGAGAAGUGGUGUACCUACCACCAAUCUGACUCCCAUAACACGGCGGACUGCCGAAACGUCAGGGCUGUGCUCAAAGAGAUGAUCUUGAGAGGGGAAUUGGAUGAAGUACUCGUUACAGGGCUUGGAAAAAGACCCAUAGGCGAGUACUUGAAUCCGCCCACAUGAAUAGGAUUAGGGAAAUCAAAGAGGAUGGACAAAAUGUGGUCAAGAUUACUGAGCUUCCUUUAGACGGAUAAGUCUUGAUGUCUAGGACUUGGACCG